AUGUUCUACCACCACGGUACGCCGGAGUCUAUCAUCACAGACAAUGUCACACAGUUUAAUAACGACCACCUCAUCACAUGGUGCAAAGCAAGAGGGACUACACUCAAGUUCGCCUCCGUCGCACAUCCCAAGACUAAUGGGCAAGUGGAAGCCCCCAACAAAUUAAUCAAGGGUUUACUUAGGAAAAAACUGGAUGAAGCAAAGGGGCUUUGGCCCGAGAAGCUCGACGAGGUACUAUGGGCAAUUUGCACCACGCCAACAGAGGCCACGGGCGAGACCCCUUUCUACCUAAUGUAUGGCAUGGAAGCAGUACUUCCCAUCGAAGUAAUCCAACCAACACAACGGGUUUCGCUGUUUGACCCCGAGACCAAUUCGGAAAAUAUGCAACUUGAUAAAGAUCUCUUGGAAGAGAAACGCAUCGCAGCGCACCAUCACAACAUUCUAAACAAACAGCGUGUGGCACGCUUCUAUAACUCUAGAGUAAAGAGCAGGACACUUUAG